CAAAGAAUAUGUUUUAGUCGCGUUCAGAAUAUUAGCGAUGUCGUGCGAUUGACCGUUCAUGGUAGUUGAAGACCUCGGCUCGCUGUUUUAUUAAAUCAGGUUGAAUUAAACAAACGAUUUACAAGACUUUUGCAAUUUAUAGUUCUAGUUCAUGGCCGAAUUUGACAUUGCGGUAUGAACUUUGAAUGCACGACGAACUGUCACAAUCGGCGCGACUGAGACAGACCACAAGUGUCAGUUGGCCACCGGUUGGCAAUUUAUUUGAACGUGUGUUAGCGUUUCCUGUUGGCGCGCAAGCAAUUUGCAUGGAAUCGCGUUUAUUCAAUUAAACAUUAUCUUGUUAAACGCACUGGACUGUGAAUGGGGGAUGAGUCCACGUACAUAUACAUCGUGCCUUUGAACCGCGUAUUGACUAAAAAACCAGUGUCGACGUCCUUUUUCAUAUUGUUUUGAGUUACGGACAUUGUUUUUUAUUUCGUGCUAGAGGUGUAAACCCGUUAAUAUGAAGGAACAUCCAAAUAAAGAAGAAACAUCAGACGAUGAAGCGGGUCUUGGAUACCAGAAUACGUUGAUGUAUGGUCGCUAUCAACGCGACCUCAGCGAAGCGGCCAGAGAAGAAGCUAGAAGACUAAGAAGAUUAAGGAAAAGAAGAAGAAAAGACGAUAAGUUGCGGCAGAAGGAGCUAGAAGCGACUGGGAAACACAGGCCAAGGGGAAAAGUGUUUAAAGUAUUAGGUUACAUAUGGAGGCACACGUUUGCACGGCUCGGCGAGGACUGGGUCUUCCUGGCGUUGCUGGGCAUCAUCAUGGCAGUCCUCAACUUCGCUAUGGACAGGGGCAUUGCGGUCUGCAAUAAUGCUCGUAUGUGGAUGUACAGCGAACUAGCGACAUCUACCUUCAGCCAGUACGUGGCGUGGGUGUCUCUGCCAGUUUGCCUCAUAUUAUUUGCAGCUGGCUUCGUGCAUAUCGUUGCAGCACAGAGCAUAGGAUCCGGUAUCCCGGAGAUGAAGACCAUACUCCGAGGAGUUCAUCUCAAAGAGUACUUGACCUUCAGAGCUCUCAUCUCCAAGGUGAUAGGUCUCACAGCCACUCUUGGAUCCGGUCUACCGCUGGGUAAAGAGGGUCCGUCAGUACACAUUGCGUCAAUGGUGGCAACAUUACUGUCAAAAUUGGUGACAAAAUUUCAAGGUAUCUAUAGCAAUGAAUCUCGGACCUCGGACAUGCUAGCUGCGGCCUGCGCUGUCGGUGUUGCCUCAUGCUUUGCUGCACCAGUUGGAGGUGUGCUCUUCUCGAUAGAAGUAACGACAACAUAUUUCGCGGUUCGGAAUUAUUGGCGUGGAUUCUUCGCCGCGUGUUGCAGUGCUAUUAUGUUCCGGCUGCUGUCGGUGUGGUCGGGCGCGCUGCCGACGGUGAAGCCGCUGUUCCCCACCAACCUGCCCCAGGACUUCCCCUUCGACCCUCAGGAGUUCGCCGUCUUCGUCUUAUUGGGCAUCGUGAGCGGGCUGCUGUCGGCGCUGUGGGUGUUCCUGCACCGCCAGUACGUGCUCUUCAUGAGGAACACCAAGACCCUCAGCAACUUCCUGCAGAAGAACCGCUUCAUCUACCCCGGCGUGAUGACGCUGGCGGUGAUGUCGGUGCUGUUCCCGCCCGGCAUCGGCAGGUUCAUGGCCGCCGACCUCGGCAACCAGGAACAGGUGCUGUCGAUGAUGGCCAACUUCACGUGGACCGACGAGCUGUCUGCGGAGCAGGCGGCUGUGGUCUCCCACUGGCAGACCCCGGAGGUGGACAUCUUCGGGUGUCUCUGUAUAUAUUUUGCUUCCAUUUUCUUCCUGAGCAUGGUGUCGUGCACGUUGCCCGUCCCGGCGGGCAUCUUCGUGCCCGCCUUCAAGAUGGGCGCGGCGCUCGGCCGACUGACGGGCGAAAUCAUGCACUACUUCUGCCCGCUCGGCGUCGCCUACGGAGGGCACAUACAGAAAAUAUUGCCCGGUGGGUACGCGAUGGUGGGCGCGGCCGCGUUCACCGGCGCGGUCACACACACCGUCUCCACCAUCGUCAUCGUCAGCGAGAUGACCGGACAGGUGACGCACAUCCUGCCCAUGAUGGCGGCAGUGCUGGCGGCCAACGCCACCGCCUCGCUGCUGCAGCCCUCCUGCUUCGACAGCAUCAUACUCAUCAAGAAGCUGCCCUACCUGCCCGACCUGCUCUCCUCCGCCAGCCGUAUGUACGACAUCUGCGUGGAGGACUUCAUGGUGCGCGACGUCAAGUACAUCUGGAACCGCAUGACCUUCCAGCAGCUCAAAGACAUACUCAAGGAAAAUAAGACAAUCAAGAGUUUCCCCCUGGUGGACAGCCCGACUUCCAUGGUGCUGCUGGGGUCCAUCCACCGCUGGGAGCUGGUGAAGGUGAUAGAGAAGGCGGUGGGGCGCGAGCGGCGGCUGCAGGUGGCCGCGCUGUGGCACCGCGAGGCGGAGCUGCGCAGGAGGCACGAGGAGGCCAAGAAGGUCCGCCGCCCCUCCCGCUUUGAGGUGACGCCGGCACCAGAUAUGCUGCAGGUGCCGGGCACGGGGAUGACCCGCGGCACCUCGCUCACUACCAAUGACCAGGGUGGAUUGAUACCUGCGCCCGGGCAGCUGUUCCGACCGAAGUCGAUCCUGAAGAAGACGAACUCGUUCAGUGUGAGCCGCGGGCUGGUGGGGGGGGGCCACACGCCGCUCUCGCCGCAGCCCUCCGUCUACACCACCGUCACCGGCGCAGAGACCAGGAUCCGUGCAGCAUUCGAGGCCAUCUUCAAGCGGUCGACGCUGCUGGCGGACGUGGAGGGCGGGCUGCCCGACCAGCUCGGCCCCGCCCUGCCGCGCAGCCCCUCCAUCAACAAGAAAGUGCAACUGCCCCGUGAACGUGUAUGCGAUAUGUCGCCUGAAGACCAAAAAGCAUGGGAGAGACUGGAGAUGGCCAAGGAAAUAGACUUCGACCGAAUGUUGCAGAUCGCCAGGAAGAGGGACAUGCAUCCAGAUGACCCGGAGUACGAGGAUGAACAUCUAUACAUCUGUCACAUCGACCCUGCGCCCUUCCAGCUUGUAGAGAGAACCUCAUUACUCAAGGUCCACUCGCUGUUUUCAACCCUGGGGGUGAGUCGUGCGUACGUCACUGCUAUAGGACGACUCAUAGGUGUCGUCUCAUUGAAAGAGUUGCGCAAAGCUAUAGAGGAUGUGAACUCGGGCGUGCUGAGCGUGAGCAGCCGGCCCUCGCCGCCCAGCACGCCGCCGCCGCCGCUCAUCAAGGUGCACAGCGCGCAGCCCGCGCCGCACUCCGACUGCGAGACUGCGCCGCUCACCACCGCCACAUAGACAUACCGCACGCCGUGCCGCAUGCCACACUGCAUGCCACACCACAUGCCACACGCAUAUGAUUUCGGAAAUAUUGCCGAUAGUUCAAUAUGACCAUCUCUGGUGCUUUAUUAUAUCUUAGUCACAAAUACUUUGUAUGUGAUCGCUUUUGUAACAUAUUAUUUAUUUAUACACCUUAAGUUAAGUUUACCUUGUAAGUUAAAUGUCAGCAGCUUAUAUAAAAAAGCCACUUCAAUCGGAAUAAGAUUUUUUUUUAAAAUAAAUGUAAUUUUUAGUACAAUUUGUACUGAUAAUAAAAUGAAACGUUAGUCAGAAACUUGAGAUAUUUACAAUUCUUUUAUGCAUUUACAAUUUUUCCAUUUAAGAGAUUUUUCUUCUUAUUUAUGUAAGAUAUUUGAUGAAAAAAUAAUUAUAUUUUGGAUAUCUUGGACCAAUUUAUGAAAAAAGCCUGUAUUUGAUACCAAAAUUCGCCACACUCAAGGCUUGUGAUCAACAAAAUCAUUCCAAAUUAAUUUUAUAUAGUUUUAUUUAUAUUUAAGUUAAAGUUUAUUUAGCUAAGAAUACUUCCUCUGUGCCAUUGUAAGGCUAACUUUACAGUUAUGGGAUUCACUUAAUGCAUUUCGUUUAAGCUCAAAAUGGUACAACUUCCGUCCUAAUACAGAAAAUAUACGAAAAUAUUAACCAAAAUGACAAGACCUCUCAAUAUUUAAUAUUAAAAAGAUAAAAAGAAGUAAAAUACAAAUUGAUUCCCUUAACUAAUUUUACCGAAUUGAGCAAAAAAUAAUGAAAUUCAACAAAAAAAGACAGUAUUAUUCGCAUGAAAGAGUCACAAUAACUUUUUAAUUCUAGUUUUUAGAUUCCAAACUGAAAUCCCAUGCUAUUUUAGAACUUAACGUAUAUACAAUACGUAAUAUUUUAGUUUGUACAAUCGGGGAAAUUGGCGGUGUUCCAAGUUACAACUUUUUGAACAUUUUGAAACGAGACGAGAUAAAAUGUGUAAGAAAAAAAGUCGGUUAGUGCUUCAUGACUAGUUUCUUUUUCUUAUCUCUUCGUUUAAUUCACUGCUAUAAUUAGUUAUUUGUAAGAGCCGGAGUUUGACUCAUUGCAAUGAAUAAGACUACCUAAAGUGGGACACCGAGGGUUUCCGCGACUGUACAUAUCUGAGGUUCUUGUUAUUCUGUACCUCUGGUCCUCUUUAACUGGUUGUUAACAGUGAUAGAUUGUGAUAGAUGUUAUACAAAUUUUUAUAAUUAAAUCAAAUAACCAAAAAAAAUGUGAUAUAUUUGGUCCUAUUUGUUAAAAUUACUAAAAGUAAAGUCUUCGAAAUAAUAGUAAAAGGUUGUUAUGUUUGCGACAUAAAACAACGAAUAUUUUUUUUGUUUUAUCGAAUAGAAUGCUUGUAGAUCUAUGGAAAAUUCUGGAUCAGUAAUAAAAAUUAACUGAAAAUAAAAAUAUGAUUCUUAACUUGCUUUUCAUAUAACAAGAUUAUUGAAAGAGAAAUUAAAGUAAAAUAAAUAUUCUAUUUCGCUUUAAAUAUAAUACAUUGACAAAUAUCAAGAAAAAAUAUGUUUAUAUAGAUUUUUUUAUAAUUAUUUACUUUAAACAUAAACAAUCGAAGUGGGAUUCCUCAAGGUACUAAAUCAGGACCCAAACUCGAACCUAAGUUCUGAUCCAGGAUGUUCUGCUAAUAUAAUGUUAAUUAUAAGUUUAAUUUAUAUUUAAGACAAGAAAAUUGUUGUCAUUUGGACGUUAGUUGCAUUUUUAUUGUGAUCUGUUGCUUUUUGGUUAAUAAAUGAUGUGUUGUGCGUUGA